ACCGGCAUUACAUGCUCCUUUGUCAGGGUAAAUGUCCGAUGUCUUCUACGGGAGAAUUGACGCCAGCUAAUGUAAUAGCACAAGCCAUAAUUGAUAUUGUGGCAGUCGGCUCGCAGGAACUUCGUGAAGAAUGCCUCAGAGCAUCAGGUAGUCAAAACAUGGAUGAGCUCUCGAGGACCGUAGAGAAGUCACUAACAUCCUUCUUUAAACAGGCCACGAAGAAACAGAGGCCUAAAGUUGUCGCAAGCUGUACCUCAACCGAUCAGACGUUGAUGUGUAUGUCAUGUGGAAAUGUAUCUUCUUGUUCAGCCUUGCAGAGAAGUUACGCUGAGUCAGAUCUGCACGACUUCUCUUCUGCUGAUGAGGAGCAUCUCGACUUUUCCACCACGAUAACAGACGAUGGUUUCCACACGCCACCACCUGCUGAGAAAGAUGUGAAUGCAGAUCCUUUCUCGCCUGCUCUUGGCUUACUUGCUCCUCGCAAAACGAGCGUUUCCGUGAACGAUUGUGAUGAUUUUUCUCAAGAUGAAGGUGAUCCACUCGAGAAGCAAGUGGAACAUUCGCAAACGCGAUGUGCAAGAAACUUGCAAAUUUCAGGAUUUGUUGCAGAUGAUCUGUGGUCGACAGUGAGGAGCCACCAAGUGCAGGCCAUGUGCGAAUGUGAGCUCAGCGACUUCUCAGAUUAA